GACUGGUAUGAGCAGUGGGACACUGCAGGUGGCAAUGAUGACGAGCCUACAUGGACUGGCUAUGACAGUGAGCAGGCUGCCUGGGAUGCCUGGGAUGACUGGGGUGAGCCUCAAUGGAAGAAGACUACAUGGCAAGAUGAUUGGGGUGAGCCUCAAUGGAAAGAUGACUGCGGUGAGCAUCAUUGGGAACAUGUA